AUGGGAGAGCCAGAAGAGUGUUCGUCAUUGUUUGCCAAACCAGUACCACGACAGUCAUUUCCAGAUAUAUUACAGCCGGUAGCCAAUGAACACCAACAUUUGACGCAGACUCACGAAUGCAAAGCAGGAUGGUCAUUCUAUUUGGUGUUAGCCGGUGUGAUUACCACAAUCGGAUCUUCCCUGCCUGUUGGCUUCAACAUUGGUGUUGUGAAUACACCAGCUGAGCUCAUAAAGAGAUUUUGUAACGAAAGCUUCAUCAGCAGAUACGACUUACCAUUAGACCAGACAUGGCUCAACGUACUCUGGUCUUCAAUUGUGUCAAUAUUUAUAGUCGGAGGAUGUACUGGUUCCAUACUUGGCUCGGUUUUAGCUGACAGGCUUGGAAGAAAAAGAGCAACAAUCUUAACAAAUAUACUGUCGAUAGCUGGUGCGAUCCUAUUCUUGCUUAGUCGCGCCGCUAACUCUGUAGAGAUGCUUUUGAUUGGACGGUUGCUUGUCGGUUUGUCAGGAGGUCUUACAACUAGUAUAGUGCCAAUGUACCUAACGGAAUUGUCACCGUUAGCGCUCACCGGCGCGAUGGGGGUCGCGUGCCCCAUGGGGGUUAAUGUGGGUGUGUUAGUGGGGCAGGUCAUGGGGCUGGACUUUCUAUUAGGUGGUGAAAACGAUUGGCCCUACCUCCUCUCAGUGUAUGCGAUACUAGUCAUUAUAUGCACGCCCGUCCUCUUCAUACUGCCAGAAAGUCCCAAGUACCUCUAUGUUGUUAAGAGAAAUGAAAUUGCUGCCAUAAAAGAACUAAGUCGUCUCCGAGGUGCACCACCAAGUGCACUAACAGAUGACCUAGAUUUGCUGAAAGAUGAAGUGCAAGCGGAGGCCAGGAAUUCUGGUGAAAAUUGGAGCAUGUUGAGAGUACUCCUGGACCCAAGACUGAGAUUGCCUUUAUUGUUGACAUGUUCAAUGCAAGCGGGACAACAGACCAGCGGAAUAAAUGCGGUGUUCUACUACUCGCAAACGAUAUUCAAGCAGGCGGGUCUGUCGGAGCUGCAGGCGCAGUACGCGACGAUCUCGUGCGGCGCCAUCAACGUGUGCACCGCCGCGCUCAUGCUGCGCCUGCUGCCGCGCCGCGGCCGCCGCGCGCUGCUGCUGGCCUCCGUGCUGGCCGCCGCCCUGCUGCUGGCGGGACUCGCUGUGGCUAUGAGUUUUAUUAAUGCUGUGUCAUGGAUGCCAUACGUAUGUAUGGUGGCAGUGCUGUCGUAUGUUCUAGUCUAUGGGUUUGGACUCGGGCCUAUACCUUAUUUUAUUGCCUCAGAAAUGUUCGAAGUAUCACCACGGCCGGCCGGUAUGGCGUGGGGUUCUCUGGCUAACUGGGCCGGGAACUUUUUAGUAGGCAUGUGUUUCCCUCUGCUGAGGGAUACUAUUGGACCCUACUCCUUCUUAAUCUUCUCAGUGGUCACUGCCUGUCUGUUUUGCUUCCAAAAAUCCUACUUCCCCGAAACUCGAGGCAAAACACCCACUCAAGUGACGGAGCUCUGCAGUCGCGGGUUCCAGUCCCGGCCGCUGCAGCGCGCGCCGCCCGCCAUG